GUCGCGAGUCGCCGCGUGCUUCAAGCAGGGAAGCGCGCCCCGAGCCAUUGACUGCCCGCUGGUGUUUAUCUCGCGCCCGCCAUGCUCUCCCUCCUCCGCACCGUAGUGGUGCUCUUCGUCUCUUUGGCCAGCAUUGCCUAUGCAGUACAUACCGUCGAGAUCCAAGGCCAGGACUUUGUCGACUCCAAGACGAGCAAGCGAUUGAUGAUCAUCGGUGUGGACUAUCAACCCGGCGGACAAGCUGGAUACAAACCUCAGUCGGGCCAGGACCCGCUCACCAACGGCACCGUCUGUUUACGAGAUGCUGCGCUUCUCCAGCGACUGGGUGUCAAUACCAUCCGCGUCUACAACAUUGAUCCGUCUGCCAACCACGAUGACUGCGCCAGCAUCUUCAACGCCGUCGGCAUAUACAUGAUUCUGGAUGUCAAUUCGCCGCUUGCAGGCGAGUCUCUGGACCGCUCAGACCCUUCAGGCUCCUACAAUGCCGAUUACCUUACCCGUACAUUUGGAAUCGUGGAGGCCUUCAAGAACUUUCCCAACACCCUCGCUUUUUUCGCCGCCAAUGAGGUCAUGAACGACAUCCCCUCGUCCAAGGAGAAUCCUCCGUACAUCAGGGCUAUCCAGCGUGACCUCAAGAAUUACAUCGCCGCCCAUGCCACACGAACGAUUCCCGUGGGAUACUCCGCUGCGGAUGUGCGCCCCAUUCUGAAUGACACCUACAACUAUUUCCAAUGCAACAUCGACGGCAAAACGGAUUUGACUCGCUCGGAUUUCAUUGGACUCAACUCUUAUUCCUGGUGUGGAGCAGCAGCAACUUUCCAGACUGCAGGUUACAACGACCUCGUCUCCAUGUUCCAGAACAGCUCGCUCCCCAUCUUCUUCUCUGAGUAUGGAUGCAACAAGCCGCUCGGCAUACCCCGAGUCUUCAAUGAGGUCGCUGCAUUAUACGGACCGCAGAUGACAGCCCUCAGCGGAGGACUUGUCUAUGAGUAUAGCGAGGAAGAGGCUGACUAUGGUCUCGUCAAUAUCAACGAGAAUGCAACUGUUACAUUGAAGAAGGACUACGACAACCUCCAGGAUCAUUACAACAAGCUAAAUCUUACUCUCCUCCAGUCAGCCGAUCCCACAGCCACCAAUGCGAAAGCCCCAGAAUGCUCUUCAGGCCUGAUUUCGGAUUCGGGCUUCUCCCAGAACUUCACGAUCCCGAGUCCCCCAGACGGUGUUGAUGACCUGAUUAAGAAUGGCAUCAAGAACCCCAACAACGGAAAGCUGGUGGAUGUCACAGAGACAGCGGUCCCAAUGGCCAUCUACGGGAGCAACGGCGUCGAGGUCAAGGGCCUGGCAAUUAAGAUUCUAGGCAAUGACGACAGCAAUUUGCCUGGCGGAGAGACCACCAGUGCUAACGCUACGUCAACAGGAGCCGCACCAUCAGCAAGCGCGACCAAGAAGGGCGCUGCUGGUAAGCUUAGUGCGGAUACUGGUGGCCUCCUAGCAGUUGCUCUCACCUGCUUGUUGAUGCUAUGAAGGGGAGAUAGGGUGUAGCUUGACUUUCUCCUUCUCUUCUGCUAAUACAAUGCUUCUUUUUUUAGAUCAAGCUGCGGCAACGGCGAUAGCGUCGGCAACUGUCUUGGUUUCUGCAGCUACUUCUGUGAGCCUUCCUUUAAGACCAUCUUUCGUUCUAUGUUUAUUUUUGUCUCUUCUUUUCCUGGCUUCUGGACGCUUUUUGUCUUGCUUGUUCUAAUAGUUCAGACUCGGUCCGGCACCGAUGCUGACAAGCCCCGGCCGACGGCAUUGACAGUGCAUCAGAAGUCAGACGCGUCUGGACGGCGAGAUCUAGUGCUUUUCAGAUUUGAGAAUCUGGUGCUUGUCAGGUGUGAGAUUGGCCCAAGCUGGCGACUUGCUUUAUACGUGGUACUCCUGAGAUGGGGGCCGGGAAGUUGGCGGAGCACUCUCUAUGCGAGUCUACUUCAGUGUAUCUUCUGGGGGUGAUAGGAGGCUUGAUGUCUGCGGUGGAUGGUGCG